AUGGAGGACCGAUGCUAUAUGAUACCAAAGCACUCUGGACGCAACGUGCUCCCGAAUAGUCCUCUCUUUGCGAAACUUCUGCGGGUUGCUAACCGGACAAAUGGGCACGUAGCUAUUGACGACGUCCGCUUGAAUCUGCAGAAGACACAUUUGGAUUUACUCUCGGAUAUGCUAAGCCUACGGGAAAGUAUCACCGGUAUACUGGCGGAUUCGACGCUUAAGGCGUUGGAAAGAAGAGAUGAGGUAUACAUAGCCGUUGUAGCGGCUGGCGGCUAUGAAUACACUGUGGCGGUAUUAGCGAUACUGGCGCUUGGAGCUGCCGUAGUCCCAUUGACGCCAGCCUUACCCGUAGAAGAAGCAGUAUACUUUAUUGAGAAGUCAAGAGCAGCGCUGGUUCUUGCUAGCUCGAUGGACCUGAGUAAAUGUCUUGACCUGGAAAAGCGGAUUGCAUCCAGGAGUAACAAGCUUUUUCGAGCUGUGGCUAUUCAGCCAGCAAUCUCGUCUCCCACUCUCGACGCUGGAAAUAUCAUCAUCUCUUCGGACCGCGCUUUGGAGGAGAAUGCGCCCGCUGUAGUCAUUUUCACCAGUGGGACUACUGGAGCGCCCAAGGGAGCAGUGAUGAGAAGGACUUUUAUCUUUGACUGUGCGCUAGAAGUAGCGGAUCAUUACCAGCUGACUGAAGACGACGUUGUCCUCCACGUUCUUCCGGUACAUCAUGCGACCGGUGUUGGCAUCAACUUCUUCCCAUCCCUUCUGUCUGGUAGUCGUAUUGAGUUUCGUAGUGGAGGCUUUGACUCGGAGCAAAUGUGGGAGCGAUGGAAGCAUGGCGCUAUGGAUCCUCGAAAACGACUGACUAUCUUCUCCGGCGUACCCACUAUAUACAUGAGAAUGAGACGAUAUUACCAACGUAACAUAUGCAAGCUACCUCCAGAUGAGGUAGCCAAGUAUACCGCAGGCGCAAGACAAUUCCGAGCCUGCUUAUGUGGAACGUCAGCGCUACCCCAACCACUCAACGACUUUUGGAGGAACCUAAUGCAAAGGCCGAUUUUGCAAAGAUACGGAGCUACUGAAUUUGGGGCUAUCUUUAAGAUGCGUCUUGAUGACAAGACCGUCCCGGAAGGCUCUGUAGGUGAAAUCGCCAGUGGUGUUGAUGUGAAACUGUCCGAGGGAGACGAGGGAGAGGUGCUCGUAAAGAGCCCGCACAUGUUCUCAAAAUACCUACGUGAUCCCGAAGGAACCGCAAGCGCUCAUGAUCAAGAUGGGUACUUCCGAAGCGGCGACAUCGCGCGGCGAGAGGGCAGAUACUACUUUAUCAUCGGCCGAGCGUCUCUGGAUAUUAUCAAGUCUGGUGGAUACAAGAUAUCUGCUCUAGAUGUCGAGCGCGAGCUGCUAAGCCUACCAUACGUUGCGGAAGCCAUGGUGGUUGGUGUGGCAGAUGAGGAGUACGGGCAACGUGUCGCUGCACUCAUCUCGCUGCAGGAGGAAGAGAUGCCUACCGUUUCGCUGAGAAAGAACGGCGCUUCCCAAAACGUCUUGACCAUCGACGAUCUUCGACAAGAUCUACGCGAGAGGUUAGCUGGAUAUAAGCUACCUACGCUUCUGAGGAUCGCGGAUCGCGAGCUUCCGAAGACAGUCACAGGAAAAGUGCAGAAGAAGAUUCUCGGGCCUCGCUUCUUUCCUGCAGAUCACCAGGAGCGUCCGGAAGUGCAGAAAUGGGUCGCGCGUUCGACCUUGGCAAAGCUGUGA